GUGGGGGCAGAACCCCCACCGCUUUGGGAGGCGCUGCGUGGCUCCGAUCGACCUGGACUCGGAGCUCCAGACUCGCCGUUUAAUUGUUCCUGUUCAGCGCCAUCUCUUCUCUUUCCUACUUACAAAGCUGAGAGGUCUCGCGCAAUUAUGUCGGCUCAGAACUCCGCGGGCAUUCAGACCCUCCUCGAUGCUGAGAGAGAGGCUCAGAAGAUUGUGCAGCAAGACCGCACAAAGCGGAUAAGGGACGCCAAGGCAGAGGCCCAGAAGGAAAUCGAGGAAUACAAGAGCCAGAAGGAAGAGGAGUACAAGAAGUUCGAGACUGAGCACUCGAGCGGAUUUAAGAAGGCUGAAGAUGAUGCCAACAAGGAGACCGAAGCCAAACUCCAGGAGAUUAAGGACGCUGGCAAGAAGCAGGGCGACAAGGUUGUGGCGGAUCUCCUCCGCGUGACAACCGAUGUGAAGCCCGAGGUGCCCGAGAAGAUUAAGGCAUAAUGUAGAUAUUUUUGUUAUUUCUUUACUCGUCGCGGUGAUGAUGCGCUUGCGUGGCUGUUCAUCGAUAUCCAAGUUUCGGACAAUAUUAUUUCAUUUUGGUUUCCCUCAGCGCUGUGGGCAGUGAAUCAAUCUGUCUUUC